CGGGCUGCUCGCUCUGAAUCAGUAACAUUAGGAACAACUACGAGAACUACAUAUAAAUGCUAUAUUAUAUUAUAUUAUAUUACAUUAUAUUAGAGCUGCGGCGGUAGGAGGGGGACCAGCAGUGCAGAUAUCGAGGCUGUUCUCGGAGACAAAGCUUGAGACCGCGCCGCAUCCUUCCGUGUUAUUGUUGGACCCGGCCCGCCCAUACUCCAGAGCAUCUCCAGGAAACCCGGCUACAGACAGACAAUACAGAGCUAUUAUACAUCACAAUGGAGGUAGGCUGUGAUAUGUCCGGUCAGUCUGAUGCUGUUUUCUGCAGAUGAGCUCUGGAUAACGAGAAGCUGUCCCUGAGCAGCUGGACUUUUCUUUCACAAUGACCUUGGUUGUGUGGUUUUAUUUCCAGCAGCACGAAGGUCGUUAGGAAAUAAUACCUGUAAUAAAAAACAAUAAUCAACUCCACCACCUAUUAUGGACUUUCCAGGUCAUUUCCAGCAUAUUUUCAAGCAGCUCAACCACCAGCGCCUCCAUGCUCAGCUGUGUGACUGUGUGGUGGUGGUUGGAUGCCAGAGCUUCCAGGCUCACCGCUCCAUCCUGGCAGCAUGCAGCUCCCACUUCAGGGCUCUGCUGAGCUCUAAUGACAGCGGUGAAGAGGCUGGAGCUGACAUAAGUGGAGGCGGAGGCCCCAGUGUGAUGCAGCUGGAUCCAGAGGUGGUGACCCCAGAGGCCUUCUCCACCUUGCUGGACAUGAUUUACACCUCCACCCUCUCUCUUGGGGCCUCCAAUGUGAUGGAUGUACUGUUGGCGGCAUCGCACCUGCACCUCAACACUGUGGUCAAGGCCUGCAAGCUCCAUCUGUCCAGGAAAAACUUCCCAGCGUCGCCGCCUAAAGGCUGGAGGUCAGUGCAGCAGCAGCAGCUGUGUCCAUCCUCCCAGGCAGAGGGGUCAGUCACAUCUGUCAUGGAGGAGGACAUUCGCGAGGAGGAAGUGGGAGUGGAGGUUAGUCAGUCUGGUGGGGUUGAAGACGACGGGUCGAGGGGGAAAAACGGUGGCGAGCAGAGCGCGGCGCCCUUUUUGAGGCACAAGAGAAAGUCACACGAGGACAGGCCCAGUGGCAGGAAGAGGUCCUGCAGGCUGCCUGAGGAAAACUAUAAAGAGUGUUCACCUACUGUAACCAGAAGCACCGUCAGUAUGGAGGAGGGAGGGGAGGAGCUGCUGUCUCCGGACUGCCUGAAGACGGCCGACGGGCUCUGGGAGGGCCGAGGUGAGGAAAAGGAGGAGGAGGUGGAGAAGAAAUAUGAAGCAACCAAGGGCGAGUCGGAGGAGAUCCAGCUCCCGAGCCAGUCGGACAGCAGCAUGGGAGGUGUGGGUGUGUGGGAGAAGGGCGGAGAUACAGAUGGAGACACGGUGGUCAAAGUUAAGGUGGGAGAAGAAGGGGAGGACGAUGGAGAGGAGCCGAAGAUGGCGGUGAUUGAGGUGAAAAAGGAAAAUCUGAGCUCAUACUCCCCAGAUUUGGAAACGGUACCAAACAAUUCUCCCCCAUGUCCACUACGAGACUGCACAGACCAUUUGGAUACGCAACUAAAUGACGAGAAAAUGUCCACAGCCUGUCCAGCAGAGGACGACGUGAGCUCUUUGCAAUCUCAGCUGUGCACAGAUCUUCAAACCGAUGCACAGAGAGAGCCUGGAGACUUGGGCGAGGACUCAGUAGACGGUGAAGGCCUGGACAGCCUAUCAGAGCUGGCCUUUUCCUGCUUCCUCAAUCCCAGUAGUGACAGUGUAAUGGGAGCUCUGGAGGAAGAAGACAGCCUAGCCAGCCUCACUGCUGCUGCCACUGCUGCCGCCGCCGCCAGUGAUGCCCCUGCGGCUGCUGGAGACGAGCCGUGUCAAAACUCAGAAGCUCAAUCUUCUGAUUCCUCCUCGCUUGUUUUCCCAGUAACAUCCGUCCCCUUGCAGCAGCUUCUCCCAACUCAGGGUCCUGGUUUUAACGACACACUCAUCCUCCAGACCACCCAGAACUCUUUAGCGGAGUUCCUGAGGGGCAUCAGACCGGGCCUCAGUUUGGAAACCCCGGUAAUGCAACCCUCCAGGGGUGGGAAAAGCUCGGGGCCAACAACCUUCCGUCGCAUCGCCCCCAAAGUGCCGCCUGGAUCAGACGCCGGCACAGACGGUUCCUCUGCAUCAACUGGGGAUGCUGCUGAUCGGCCGCCCCUAACCAGAGCUUCAGAGGACGUUCUCUCUAAGUGCAAGAAAGCAGCUGCCGAAGACCACGUGCUGCUGGUGGAAGGGGAGAAGAAAUACGCCUGCAAAAUCUGCUGUAAGACCUUCAUGAACCUGACUGACUGCAAGAAGCACAUUCGAGUCCACACGGGAGAAAAGCCCUAUCCCUGCCCGAAGUGUGGCAAACGCUUCAGCCAGUCCUCCCAUCUGUACAAGCACUCAAAAAACACCUGUUUAAACUGGAAAGAUGAUCAGUCAUUCUCAGAUACCCUGCUCUGACCUGCACUCGACUAACAGACGUUU